AUGGAGAAGGUCAAAUCCAUAAAAGCGAAGGUCGCGUCCGGCUCCGAGGCGCUGCUGAAGAAGGCGAAGGAAGAAGCGGCGGAGGCGAAGGAAUACACGAAGAAGAAAGCGGUGGAGCUCAAGCCGAAGCUCAAGGCUGCGCUCGCGAAGGCGGAGCCCGCCGUGCAGGAGUUCUUCAAGAGCCCGACCGGGGAGUUUCUCAAGAACAACCCGAAGGCGGUGAUCGGCGUGCUGACGGUCCUCGCGUUCAUCGGCAUCCCGGGCGCGGGGCCGCUCGCGGCGUUGGUGAAGAUCGCGGGGCCGCUGCAGGCGGCGCUGCCGAUCAUCAUGACGAUGGCCGCGCCCGCGGCGGCGUUGUUAGUGUGA